GGCAUGGUGGGUGUCGCUGGAGGUUUCCUGACCUCUCUGUGUGGACUGAGGAAGGGGGAUGAAGAAGGUGAUCGGGUGACACAAGUGGAAGAAGGAUCCUGAGCAGUCAUGUGUGUCAGACAUGUUACCAGGAGAGAAUGUGUCUGUGGAUGGGACGGAGGAACAGAGCAACCAGAAUAAAGGUAGCGAGUCUCUGAAAUCAGCCCAGGAAAUCCGUCCAGUGUGUGAACCUGUUAGUGGAGGAAAUGCCAGACCCACUGGCCUCAUCAGCACCCAGCCUCUGUCCGCUGCUGCUCCGCCAGCUGAGGCCUCACAGGAGGAAGGUGUGCUCUCGCAGCCUCGGAGUGAACUCCAGAAGACCACGUGCCCGCGAUGUGGUCUCACGGUCCCAGACCACAAGCUCCCCUCCGGCUCCCAAAGCCUGAGCGGACUUCAGGGAUCCAGGCUGCUGGAGCAGAGCGGCAGCCGGAGCGGCGUGGCUGGAUCCCAGGAAGCUGCUGAGACACCGGCUGACGUGUGCUUUCACCUGCUGCUGGCGUGCCUGUGGUGCCGGUGCUCCGUAGUGCUCCUGGGACUGCUGGAGGCCUGCUCCUGCUGCCUCACCGCACUCUGCUCCUCCUGCUGCCAGGCCUGCUCCCGCUGCUGCUCGGCCGUCGAGGACGCUCCGGUGGAGGAGCUCAACUGCCACGCUCACUGCCACUCGGUUUUGUUCGAGUCCUGCUGCGAGCCCACGGAGUGUCUGGAGUUUUGUCUGGAGUGCUGCGAAAUCUGCCAUCGCAGCUAGGACGGACACGCGCACCGGACAUGAACUGACGGGUGACGCUGCCCCAAAGAGUCACGGACAGAGCAAACUGCCAUUCUUUGAAGUGAUUUUUUUUUUUUUUCUUAUUGAAUCUCUGAAGUUAAAGGGGGAUUCCACCACAGUGUCGUGGGGAUACUGCUGCAUGCAGGAUGUGAAGAAAUAUGCAUGUUUUUAUUUUUUUUGUUGUUGUUUUUUUUUUGUAUUUUCAGAUGCCACCUGCUCCAAAACUGUGGGUGUCUUGCAAUGUGGAAAGUGCAGGC